AUGGCGCGGGUACUUCAUACGUCACUCUGGAUGGUCGGCGGAAACAGCGCUAAACAUAAAUUAGCCUUGUGGGUGGUAGCGGAGACUCCUGUCCAAUGUCCUCAAACAUGGAGGACGGUGAUCGACUUCAUCGGCCAAUUAAAUGUAUUGGCGCUCCCUCCUCUAGCUCCUUCGUAUCCUGUCACCGCGCAGGCCACCGCUCGCAUUAACCGUGGUUCGGACCGCCUUGAUUGGCCAGUGGCCCCUAGGCAGGAGGUGAGCUCAAAGCUGAGAACGUCCAUUCCUCCUUCAACUUUCCUAUUGUCAACCCUCCUCCCAAUUUAG